UUGAUUAUAUGUAUUGACAAGAUCAAGUUGCCAUCUGGAUCGAAGAAGAUUGUCCCGAGUGGAUGCAGGGCCAUGAUUGGUCAAGUUGCUGGUGGUGGAAGAACAGAGAAGCCGAUGCUCAAGGCAGGAAACGCGUACCACAAGUACCGUGCGAAGAGGAACUCAUGGCCUAAGGUUCGUGGUGUGGCUAUGAAUCCAGUGGAGCAUCCUCAUGGAGGAGGUAACCAUCAGCACAUUGGUCACGCGAGUACGGUUAGGCGUGAUGCACCACCAGGACAGAAGGUUGGUCUUAUUGCUGCUAGGAGAACUGGUCGUCUAAGAGGUCAAGCUGCUGCUUCUGCUGCCAAGGCUGACUAGAUUUUCAUUAAGAUAUAUAUUUGUUUGAGUUUUGCUGGUGUUUCCUUUUGGUCUUUGGUUGCGUUCUUAAAAUCUUUGUCUAGAGUCUGUUUCUCUCUAUCGAUGCUUAUAUUAUGCAUUUGCAAAUUUCAUUUCCCAAA